GUCUCUGGGAUCGCCGAUUCCAUCUCCUUCCAUACCUCCGUAUCCUCACGCCCAUGGCCCCCUCGGUCCUCGUCGUCUGCCUAGGCAACAUCUGCCGCUCGCCGAUGGGCGACGCGGUCCUCAAGCACGUCGCUAAAGAGCGCGGGCUCGACCUCACCGUCGACUCCGCCGGGACAUCGCGCUACCACAUUGGCGAGGAUCCGGACGAUCGGACGAUCGCAGCGUGUCGCAAACACCAAGUUCCGAUUCUGCACUCUGCACGACAAGUCACAGAGGAAGACUAUCGACGCUUCACGCACAUUCUAGCUGCAGACGAGGCCAACCUACGCUCUCUACAGCAGAAGAAACCCCGUAAUGCCACGGCCGAGAUCAGGCUGUGGGGCUCAUACCUGGACAAUAACCCUAUUCAAGACCCGUAUUACGGUGGAACUAGGGACUUCGAGGAAUGCUAUCAACAAUGUGUCCACUUGUCAAAUGCCUUCCUCGACGAGGUGGUCGGGAAGGAGUCUCAGUCUUAGACCACUUGUGCGUCGGAGCGGCGAGAGGGACGUAGCCUUGUUGAACGUUGAUACUUGGAUCUCAAUGAUGGUAUGCAUCCUCUGCAUAG